GGCCGACGGCGGUGGACUAGCGCCUGUGCUACUCGAGUGGGAUGCGGGACGUCGAGGGGCGCUUACUGAAUACGGAGAGUAAAGGACAGAGAAUGGAUCGGUGGUAGGGAAGAGAGAGAAAGCCCGAGAGUACGGUCGAUGCGGGAGUGGGGGUAGUACGGUGAGAGACCGAGAGUGCGGCAAUGAGAAGGGAGACGCGCGGCAAGAGGUGAGCGAGCGAGAGCGCGAGCUUGGGACGAGGGAGGGGAAGGGAAAGAUCGUUUCGUUGGGAAGCAGCCGCAUUCGUCGCCGGUGGUGGGGAUGAAAAUUAGUUACGGCAUCUACCAAGACCUAAAAGGAACUCCGUGCGCGGCGCGGCCAGGCCACUUCGUGCAAUGUUACGCGUUAAGGUACCCCCGUGCGUCGUUGGCAGUGCCCGGUUUCGAAGCUCAUCGUCGUGUUCUCGUUCUCGUGUUCGACGUGACGGACAUCGUCACGCUGCGAAGGAGUUCGGUUCGUGAAAUAUAACACGCGUUAUGGCUCAUGGAGUAAGCGAAGUGCUCGGUGAGGGAAACACAGCAGUGAAAAUGGUGCAUCAAAAACAGCAACAACAGCAAUCAGUGCAUCAACAUCAGCAGCAACAGAAUGCGAGGAAAUCGGUCGGUGUGAUGGGAAGCAGACGGAUAUUUGCUCCGGCCUUCAAGCUCAAGGUUCUCGAUUCGUACAGAAACGACAUCGACUGUCGUGGAAAUCAGCGUGCCACCGCGAGGAAGUACGGGAUUCAUCGACGCCAAAUACAGAAAUGGCUGCAGUGCGAGGAUAAUUUGAGAAACAGUUGUGCCGAGACUGGAAAUACCAGUGGUGGAGUGGUCUCGACAACGGCGAUCUCUCCCGUGGGUGUUUCCAAGCCGGACGGUACCGUGACGGAAGCCACGGGGCCUGCCGUGACUCCAGCAGCGCCGGCCUUGAACCUCAGCCUCGCCAGACUGCACGGCGACGAGCUGGCUACACAGCAAGGGCCCCCACCUCUUCUUUCUCAUCCUCCUCAUGGUGGUUCACCCUCUUCGCCCCAAUAUGCUUCCCAAUCUGGAACGGCGACGGCGCCGGUUUUGCCCGUUCGUCUCGGAUAUCAAGAAUAUUCCGGCAGCAAUUCCGAGCAGCAUCAUUCUUGUCGGGAAACGGAGGAUCGAGUACAGGUAACGGUGGACGUUCACGGUUACUCAGAGACACGCGCAGAUCAGGAAUCCACCUACUACGUUCUAAAUUCGGACGGCCAACGAGAACACGAAAAUUCUAUCGACGGUCGAAACGAAGCGAAAGUGUAUCAGACUCUGACGGCGUAUCGAGUACCUGUUCAUCAGGAACACCACCGAUACGGUGGUAACGAGGCUAGCAACGAGAUUGCGAUCGCCACAUCGUCGUUACAUCGACAUCGUUCUUCGACACCUAGUGCUACUCAUCAUCAUCAUCAUCGAUCUCAGCAAAAUUACGGGGACGUGGAUUCGUCGUCGUCGAUGGACGGGAAAUCAUCGUCACCGCCGUCGUACGGAUCGCUGCUAGCGCCGUCGAUGAUAAAGACGGAACGAGCGAGCCCAGACUCGGCGGCGACGCCAGGGCCGUGCGAGUCGACGAGUUCCCCCGGUGUCUCGAGGAUCCCUCUCUCGCCCAUUUCGUAUCCAGCCAACGGCACCGGUUCCAACUCUAGCUCCAGCUCCACCACGUCCGUUCACUUGGAUUCCCCACGGGCCUCCGCGAGUCCAUGCUUGCACGUGCACGUCCAUGAACACGCACACGCACACGCGUCACCAACGUUGGAUUCCGAGAAGCCGAUCCCGUCCCUGCACCACCGAUCGGCGCAGCAGCAACAUCAGAGAGAGUCCAGGGAAACGACGACCACCGCGGUUCGUAUCCACGCAGAGAAGGAAACGGAGAACAUCGCUGAAGAACCGGAAAUCGGUAGAGCGAUGGUCAAGGAAGAGAUCCAGCUGGAGGAGGAUGUCGCAGCACCGAUCGUGGAAGAAGGAAGAGAAGCCGUUGUCGCGUCUUCGUACGUCGAUUACCAACGACCACCUGCCGCUACCUCGACACUCGUCGACUCCUGUCCGAUAAGCCCCGUACACGAUCGAGAAGGGUAUUCUUUACCCUCGAGCCCUCAGGAACCAGUCAGCUCCGGUAGAUCAAGCACAAGUUGCUCCGACAGCGAGAUGGACCCUCUCGACUGCUCUUCCGGCGGCCACAAUUCAUCCAACGACCUCGCUCGUCGACGAUCUUUCUCCCUUCGAUUCAAAUUGGACGUCCUCGACGCUUUUCAUCGAGACGUCGGCGUGGCGGGCAAUCAACGUGCCACCGCCAGGAAAUUUGGCAUAAACCGUCGUCAGGUACAGAAGUGGCUCGGGCAGGAGACGGAACUGCGAGGCGAGAUCGCCCUCCGUGGAAACUCCAGACAACGGCUCGGCCCUAUCCAGGAUGCCGCUUCCGGUGACUCACCGGUAGAUCUGAGGACGUCGAACUACGUUUCGAGCUUAUCGCAGGAUCGAAUUGAAAUCGAGUUCGAGCGAUCGCCUCCGCCUCUUUACUGUUGCGACGUUGGUUCCUCCUCUUCGCACCAUUUUCCGUACUACCAGCAUCCAGCCGCGGUCGAUGUAUCUUCCGAGAACGAGCCCGUCGUUUCUUGCAAUCUCGCCUGUUGUAUGGACGGCCACGUCGUAACACCGGUCGCUUCGUGCUACCAGGAAACCUCCUUAAGAGGAUCUUGCUACUCCAACUCGCACACCAGACUGUACUGUUAUUCGCCUCGAGAAUAUUCCUCGGAGAUCGCCUCGGCUCCCGAGCACUCGGAGGAAUUGUCCCCUGCGUUUAAGAGACAGCACUGCACGCUUUCCUGCUGUUACGAAACUCUGCCGUCGCCGAAGAGGCUCUGCCUGGAAGCCGAAGACCCGAUCAGGACGAACUCCUGCCACGAAGUGCCUCCUCAGGAAACGCCGCUCUGUUUGGUGAAGCCAAAGAGGCUCGUCGUCGCCUCUCCGUCGAGGACGGAGCCGGUAUCGAGCACCGUGCCAACACCACCGGCGUCCACCGCGCCUCCGCCACCGGGACCAACGUUGAAGAAGGACGCAAUUCUAUUCAAACCGUAUUUGGACAAUCCUGUGACCAAACCCAUCAAGGAACACGCGAUCCAAAGAGGCUUGUCGCCAGUCAGUAGCCAGAGUAUAAUCGUGAACAACAACAACAACAACAACAACUGCCAAAGUAUCUGUAAUUUGAACGAAGGCAGGGGUCACGACUAUGCUCUCGAGCUGAGCCUGAGAUUGCCGGUAUCCUGGAGGGCUCACCCAAGUCCGUACACUGAGUUCCCACAGGUCAGGAGUGCGUUUGUUAGGUAUCCAGCGAGUCCUCAUUACACUUAAUUGGUAAAUCACGUUUGAUCCUCGAUUGCGCGAAACAGGAGCGACGGUUUGUUCUAUCUUGACGGGAUAUAGUAUCCAUCCAAAUUAAUCGAAUAUCAAGGAGUCGAUAUUUGAUACGAAAGCAAUUUUUUAAAGCCGAUAUCUCCGUUCAAUGUAACCGUUAUCGAUGACAUUUAAUUCGGAAACAAAAAAAAAAUUAUAGUUAAUAUUUUAUCCGUAUCAAGGACGUUUCAAUCGAUUCGUAGAUAUUCGUUGAAUAGCAAAAGACCUUCCACAAAGGAUUUAGCCGGGCAGGAUCGAUUGGUACGUGAUCUACGACACGUCGUAUGCCACGUAAGCGUUUAUCAUUUCUUCGAUCAUCGGUGUCGCGUUAUACAUCACGAUAAGUCUUAAUCGACCAUUGGACGAGCCGGGAUAUGGAAGGAGAUUAUACACGGUCGCGUCUUCGUUCGGCAUGUUCCAACUUCUUCGGAUCUGGCCUUUUUUUCUCCCGCUGCCCUCCGCAAGGUUUCUUCACUCCUCCCCUUCUACUCUCCCUCCUUCUCCCCACCCAUGAAAAUCGUCGGAGAAGUACACACACGAAGAAGUUUUUUCUCGCGCCGGCUUUAUCGACGAGAUUAGCUCGUUCGACGGCUAUCGGCUAGGCCGUUUAGAGGUCGAGUGUGCUCGCUAUAAUUACGGAAUUAUGUCAGUCUCGGUAUGAUAUCGAUCAUGAGGAAAACUCGGUAGCGUGGUCUCGCGCGCGGCACCGUGCCGUUCCGCAACGCAACACCACGAAACCGCCUUUAUUUCGCCGCCAAUUGCCUUCGCGGAAAACGCUCGAUUCGUAAUCGACCAUGGGAAACGGCUACCGGUUUUUCUUUUUCGAGCCCGGUUCGAUUUCUUGGUAGAAGCAGAUCGGUGUCGCGACACCGGACUUUUCCACGAACCGACGCCGCUCCUCUCGAUUCGCGUUCAAUCGAGGAUCGAUCUCUUAAUAUCGUUUAAUUGCUCAAACAAUUUCUUCCAUACGCGCACCCGUGUGCCACGCAUGGUGCGUAAGUAUUACGACAGGGUUUCGUCUCAGUUUUUCCUCUUUAAUUUUCCGGAACUCUCUCCCCUCUCGAACAGCCAGGCGAUUUAUUUCCUUAGGUAUCUCGUUUCCUUCAUCCUGGAUCGAAUUUUCUGUAAAUAUGUAUAUAGGAUGGUAUGGGAAGAUCGAGCCGAGUAAACUCGGAUUUCGAACAUAUCGAUGCAUCUUUGAUAAUAAUUUGGUUCGAUCUCCUAGCUAGCAUCAUCAUUCGUGGUUAUUUUUGUAUCGAAUGUGCGAUCCCGAGGAAGAAGGAAAGGGACGAAAUGUCGAAGAAGGACUUCGCGAGAAAUUCGCCGUACACGUUUCCCUUCGAGGCCGCCAUCCGUGCCUUUCUUCUCGCUGAUCCUAGAACAAACGUGUCGCCCAAUUUAGAGCAAACUUACACGUAGACUUAGUCGUACAUAGAGCUAUAUUUUGUACAAAUUUGUGUCUCGAUUCCGCUAAGAAAUCGACAAGGAUAAAAAGGGAAUGUAAAACGGCGAAUCGAUUCCGCGUGGAGAAACUUAAAAAUAUGUAUUUGUUGCGAUAAAGUAAUUGUAAAUAUUUUUAUUGCUAUUGAUCGAUGAAAUUUUGACAAUCCAAUGUUCUACGUCGAAACGAUUCGUUCGUUGAUCGCACAUAUACGUAUACUCCAAGUCGGGAUACGAGACUGAUCGUACGGGGAGACUUUCAAAAAGACACACACACGAAAACGUUCCGUAAAAUCCGCGUGCCUUACACGAUAUACAUAUAAUAUAGAAAUUAGAAUCACACAGGGACUCAACGUCGUUAUAGCAUCGAGUGUUUAGAGAAUAUGGUCGCGAUUCUAAUUUAGGUUAGCGCACUCGUUCGCGGUACAAAACCACGAGAGUAAUGUUCUUAAUUAUUCUUAUAAAUUAUUCACGCGUUUACAUCGUUUCAUGCGUUCGUUCUCCGGUUGGUAUUCCGCCGGCUUAUUUCGAUUCUCGAGUCGAUAACGCGUUCAUUUUUAUCGUCGAACGACCUUCGAGCUAUCACGGCGAAGAAAGUUUCUGAAUCAGCGGUCGGUCGCGAAGCGAAAAAAAAGAAAAACUCGGAAAUGCCCCGUUCCGUUUUCUGUGUCUGAUAAUCGAUCGCUAUCUGCCCGAAUCGAUUGGAACGAGAUAAUCUACGCGUACAACAGCGUGUGCCCCACGGUCUGCGAAAAUAGAGUACGAUCCGGCGAGAAAGUUUCCCUCGGAUGGGAAACCGAAAAUAGCGUUCCACGAAUGUUCUGCGAUCCGGCAAUUGAGCACGUCGCGGCAAAGAAGGGCAAUUUUGUAAAUUACCAUCGCAGACAGAGCAGUUACGUCAAUGUUUCAAUAUUCAGACUCAAUCGAGCUCGUUCCAAGCGCAACUAAUCUCACGCGUUGCGAUAGCCGCGUGUAUUAUCAGCCAGAAAGAUGCACUUGCGUUCCUCGUGGAUAAUGCUACGCACGGGUCAACGGUAUUUACCUGGAUUCAUGCCUUCAUGGAGCAGAAACUAAAUUCCUCCGGUUUCCUACCUCUAUUGGUAGAUGGAAUUUCAUCUACAAACGUACCGCUAAUCUCUUUCUUUUAUUCAUUUUCUAACUGAGAUCUUUUUAACGAAUUUCUUUGGCAAAGAAUAAACCUCGAGAAUCGAAUAUCGCCAAAGUGGGAGAAGAAACCGUAUUAACCUUGUCCGCGUUCGCCGAUAGGGUCAAGGUGGCAAUGUACAAUAAAAUAUAGCGUAAUCUUAAGCCAUAAUGAAUUACAUAAUGCCAUAACAACGUUUUACAUAAUAAACGUACUGUCGAACCGACUGACGAGAGAGAGAGAGAGUGUGUGUGUGUGUGUGUAUGCGCGCGCGUGUGUGUGUGUGAAAGAGAGAGAGAGAGAGAGCGUGCGCGUUCGAUAGCGCGAGAAAUAAAUGCGUGAUUGCGUGUAUGUCGGCGCGCGUUUUGAACGUGCGCACGCGUGUGUUCCAUGUGCACAGCCCACAAGAGUCUAUUAAACGAGGCAUAAAGCGUUGUAUAAGCAAUAUUUUUUAAGUUCAUCAAACUGUGUGAACAGAAAGUAAAAGAGAGGGGAAGGAGACACGUAGAGAACGAACGGUUGGUUCGAAGUGGGGAGAAAAACUUCGUGGGCGAACCCCCACGUUUUAAACCCACGUGCAGGGAGACGAUGUAUAUACACAAACCAUACAUACACACACAGACACACACACACACAUACAUACACACAGAAAUAAUUACGUUGUAAGCAUAAUGCUCGUGUAUCUUAUAUGUGUAAAGAAAAAUAUAUAUAUAUAUAUAUGUAGUGUUGAAUAAUAGAGACAAAGUGACUUUAUAUAUAUAUAUAUAAAUAAAUAUGUAUAUGUAUACAUAAUUAUUAUAUUUUAAUAUGAUCAAAUUGUAUGUAACGAAGCGCUUGAAAACUCGCCCGGUGCCUUUUAAAGAUCGCUCGUGCCUUAUAGCUUCGCUGGCGCGAGAAAGAAUCAAGGACCAAAAUGUCUCGCGUCCUUAGAACGAGCCACGUAUUUUUACGUCCUCUCCGCGGCAAAGAAACGUUCCCGUGCGGGUUGUUGGCAAGGAUACGCUCCGCGAAAGAGAACACCGGUGACUCGUCCAAGCGUGUAAUAAUAUCAGUAUUCACAUUUAUUCUUUUAUUUAUUUGGUCGCUAAUUCGACGCGUCAAAAUCAUCAUCUUGUUUCUCUUCUCUGUUUUCUAAUCGAAUAAACCAGAUCGAUCUUAGAUGUCGUAUAAAUUCGAUAGAUCGUACUUUUGUUCGUUUCUUUUUUUUUCUUCCCUCCUUUUUAAUAUAUAGCUUCCGCUCGUCCACUGUACAUCUCCAGUCAUUCUGAUCGGUUGGCAUUUAAUUCGCAUUCGAUCAUAAAUCAUCCGGAUGAUAUAUGGAAAACUGUGUUAGUCGAACGUGAACUCGUUCUGAGGGUUGAUCGAGAGCUAGAAACGAACGAAUCGGAUUCCCUCGCCAAGAGAGGCAGCUCAAAGUGUGAUAAUCGUAGAAUCGUCGAUACCUAGCCUCGAGGGCUUAUCCAUUUUUUUUUCCUCUCUUUGUACGGUCGAAAUUCUCAGCGGACGUUAAAAACAGCGGCGAAAGCAACGAUAUACUGCGCAUCGCCCGAUCCGCAUAUUUCUCAAUUUGUCGGCAAAAUUCGACCGAUUACCAAGCAUAUCCGCUAUUGUGAUUCACCGAGAACAACGUAGCGACAGCGUGAGAGGGAGAGACUGAAUUUAUUCGGAGAGAAAGGGAGAGAGAAUGCUUGAGAACGAUUUUAAUGUACGGUGAGACAGGCUUCAUGAAUCUGUCGUUUAUUUCACUUUUUUUGUACGCUCGAAGAAAGAAAAAUUACUGUAUUAAAUAUUGUAUUAUAUACACACGCGUAGAUUAUGAGAAUUUGAGAGAAAAUAUAAGAGACUAUUUUAAAAGAAA